UUUUUUCUAAAAAUAACAAAAAUAUUUUAAAAAACAAAAAAAAAAGAUGUAAAUCAUUAUUUUGGUCAAUUCCCUGGAUUCAUAAAUUAUCAUAAGAUUAUAAGGGUAACGAAAGAAACUUGAUGCGAUUUUUGAUAAAUCUCAAUUAAACUACCUAACUCCCCCAUAUUUCGCUCAAAAAUGAUUGACAUUUACCAGCCGCGGCUAAAGUUAUAACCCAUUUCCCUUUCAACUCCGAGAGACCAAAUUUCUUCCUUUUUUUUAAAAAAAGAAAAAGUUAUGCAUUUGUCAACAAUCACUCACUACACUUGGAACAAUUCGCUUUCCGCAAAUCACACUUCCGCCGUUACCUCGGUUCACCAAAAUAUGCGGGUAUCCGAUGACGUAUAUGAGAUUGAUGAUGCGGAAAAUACGGACCACAUAAAUCUCUACAUCUAUUUCAGCGGAUACAUCAUAUCGUUAGCGGCCUUGCUAUUGGCUCUGCUUCUUUUGAAGUGCCUAAAGAAUUUAAAAUGUUCCCGCAAUUCUAUCCAUUGCAAUAUGAUAAUCUCAUUCGUGCUAUCCAUCGCUAGCUGGUUCUUUUUCUAUUACGUAAUUUCGUUGUACACGAAAAAGUUGAUACACCUGGAACAAAUUGGCACAAUCCCAGAAUCUCGCAAUUCAACUCAAAGCGGAUAUCGCAAUUCCACCAAGAGCAAUGUCGACCCAAAAACCGUUUCGCUUCCCUGGAAAUUAUGCACCAUAACCUGGUUCAUAUAUUACUACCUUCACACUUGUAGCUAUUUUUGGAUGCUGAACGAGGGCCUUUUCCUGUUCCAGCUGUUAAUAAGAGGUUUCGAAAACAAGGUCUCCCCUCUCAAAUUUUUCAAGAUCAUAGGAUGGGGCGUGCCAUGGAUCAUGGUCACCAUAACAAUCUUAUACAGAUACGUUACUCUGGGGGAUAGAUGUAGUCAGGACAAAACCUUAAAUUACUUGGGUUACUCGUGGUUCAUAAUUAUUAUUAUCAAUUUUUCGCUGUUAUUGGUAGUGUGCUAUAUCGUCUAUAAAAAGCGGAAAUCGCCUGUCGGUCACCCCAAAGAUCAUUCUUAUAAAGGGUUUCUAUUCCUGAUGCCUUUGUUCGGCAUAACGCAUUUGUUCUUCAGCAAUGGUCACUAUUUUAGCAGAAGGCUAUCGCCAGCUCUCCACUCAACUCAGGGACUCGCCAUAUCCCUCUAUUGUUGCUAUCUUAAUGGAGAAGUUCACCAGGCCCUAAUAUCCUUAUACAAAAUCUGGGCCAACGCUAAAAAUCGUAGAUCCUCGUCCAAUAAUUCCGCGACCAACCCUCCCUCGGCUCUGUUAUUUCCUCCGCUCUGUUCCGUCCUCACCAAUACUAUCACUCAUUCCGAGUCCACCAUGGAAAUUCUGGAUUCGUCCGCCAGCGCCAAGGGAAACGGCGUGGACCUGGUAGGCAAAAGAGGUAAAGAGAUCGCUCAAUGGGCUGGUCGAAUAUUUAGGAGAAACGGCAACGAUUAUAGUGCCAUAAGGACGUCUUGUUCUAGCAACAUCACCGUUAUCCCUACCGCUAAAUAAAAUCACGAAUUUUGUUUUUUUACGGAUCUUAAUUAUAAAUAAUUAUUGUUAUUGUAGUAUUUGUUAACCGAUUUUUUUUAUUAAUCCACCAAAAAAAUAUAUUUCGCGUAGGUUUUUUGGUGGUACUUCACAAUCGUAAUGUAUCGACCAUUUUGAAUCGCGUAAGCAAAAAGGUGCGAAUGAAUAUUAUAUCGAAUUUAUCUGUAUUUUUGUUUUUGACGUCUUCGUCACGUGAGCUAUUGUAAUAAAUGGAACAUUUUUUUUCCUCUUCUACUUAAAAAAAAAGCCUCAGAGACUAUUUUUUGAUGUAUUAUUUUUUUUAAAAAUUUUUAUACAAAAAUUUUAAAUAAAUUUUUACAAAAAUGCAAAAAAAAAUGCUAAUCUUUUGGGGGGAAAAAAAUGGAGAAAAAAAAAUCAUAUCAGCUGAAUAUUUUUAAAAAAAAAAUUAUUGGUCGAUUAGUAAAAUUAAGUCGGUAUUAAUGUUGUUAGCAUGAAUCCUAGCGGAAAAAAUUUUAAAAAAAUCAUAUAAAUUUAUUAAUGUUUUAAUAAUGAUGGGGAGAUGGCGGGUUAUGAUCGGUUAACGCGCGCGAUUUUUUUAAUGAACAUGUUUUGUAUAUAUUAACGCGUUUUUUUAUAUAUUACAAUAUAUAUGUAUUUAUAUUUUUAUGUUAAUCAUGUUUGGAUAAAUAAAAAUUUCCGUCAAUCAAUCA